AAGUUCACACAUUGCUAUCACGUCUUAAUAUUUAAAAAAAUACAAAAAAAAAACAACAAUUUUAUACAACUCAAAGCUUAUCUAAGUUAUAGAACUGCUAACAAUACUAACAGUAAAAAUAAAGGUUACGUAAAUGCUUAAGCAUUCGGACAUUUUAGAAAAUUGUGGGCGCACCCGAAAUAAGCGGUCACGCUCUCAUAAUUUUUUUUACGGGACCGCAUUAGUGUGGUGACCUUGUCAUAUGUGCUCCAUCUAGUAGUUGAGGUGAUCAGUGCCGAUGGGUCAACGACAUUUAACCAAAUAUUAUUAAAACACCAGUCUAUACAACUUUUUGAAUCAUGGCCACCAACAUCAUAAUAAUAUACAUAACACUUGAAACGAUACCGCUCAGUCGCUCUAACGCACACAUAAUGAUCACUACGAUACUACUCGCGUCUCUCAUUAUACUAUUUGCGUAUUUAUAUCAUUUGUCAACUAAGAAAUUUAACUAUUGGAAGAAAAGGGGAGUUCCAUACGCAAAACCUAUUCCUUUACUCGGGAAUUAUGCAGGUUAUAUAUUGACCAAGGAAUACAUAGGUUCCGAGGUGCAGAAAUUAUGCAAGAAAUUCCCGAAUGAACCUUAUUUCGGAGCAUUUUAUGGGACGGAACCAGUACUGAUACCACAGGACCCUGAAAUUAUCAAGCUGAUAUUGACGAAAGACUACGCUUAUUUUAGUGGAAGAGAAAUCACUGAUUAUUAUCACAGUGAAACUAUUACGGAGAACCUUUUCUUCUCAGGCGGGGACAGAUGGAAAGUUUUGAAGCAGAAUCUUUCUCCAUUAUUCUCUAUAAAGAAGAUGAGGAACAUGUUCCAUCUGAUAGAGAAGUGUUCUAACAUGCUGGAAGAUAUGAUGGAUCACGAAUUAGCAGAGUCAGAGGUAGCUGAAGUACGUUCUUUAAUGACAAGAUAUACUUUGGAUGCAAUAUGUUCUGUGUCUUUUGGUGUUGACACGAAUCUUAUGGAGAAAGAAGAGUCUGACAAAAACAAUCCUUUUAGAAUCAUGGGUGAUAUGAUCUUCGAGAUAUCUACGUACAGAGCUUUAAAAGCGAACGCUCGCGCGAUAUGGCCUGGAGUUUUCUAUGGUUUAGGCUUCGAGAAUUUUCCAUCGGAAAUAAAAAGCUUCUUCAGUAAGCUAGUGAACGGAAUCUGCGAGGACAGACAGCACAAACCUACAUCCAGAAACGAUUUCAUAGAUCUGAUACUAGCUAUGAAGAUCGAUGGUAAACUUACAUUUGCUGGUGACAAUAUUUGGGGUGACAAGAAAAUUGAGCUGGAAGUUGACGACGAUCUGAUAGUAGCUUUGGUAGUAGGUUUCUUUGCUGCUGGAUUUGAAACUUCAAGCACUACUUUAAGCAUGUGUUUAUACGAGUUAGCGAAGAACAAGGAAGCUCAAGCGAGAACGCAUGAAGAAAUCGAUGAAUAUUUGAAGAAAACUGAUGGUAAAAUCACUUAUGAAAGCAUAACUGAGAUGCCUUAUCUUAUGGCUUGCAUGGAGGAGACUAUUCGCCUUUAUCCAGUUCUAGGGGUGAUAACAAGGGAAGUGAUGGCAGACUAUACGAUGCCUACAGGGGUGGUGUUAGGCAAGGGUUGCAGGGUGCACCUGCCUAUAUACCAUUUAAACCGGAAUCCGGAAUGGUUUGAGGACCCGGAGAGCUUCCGUCCGGAGAGGCUGAUGCAGGGGAAAGUGAGGCCGUAUACGUUUAUGCCUUUUGGAGAGGGACAGAGGAUUUGUGUGGGAUACCUCCUAGCCAAGAUGCAAGUGAUCUCCGGUUUAGUAACGGUUCUCCGCAAGUACCGCGUGUCGCUCGCAGACGGGACGCCGCUCAAAUUAAAAAUGGAGCCGAAGGCAACCGUCACGCAGCCUAUUGGAGGUGUCAAACUACGAUUUACGAAACGAGAGCAGAGGUAAUUAGAUAUUUAGCAAAAUUCGAAAUAGUUAUUUUCACGUCAGCAGCUCGAACAAGGGUAAUGUGCUGCUUGAAAACAGUGAGCAAAAUCGCAUUUUGCUCACCGAGUGAGACAAAAUAACUUCUAUUUUUAGAAGGCUUACUUAUCAUUGCUCCCUCGUAUGAUUGGUAUGGUAAACAAUGAUUUCCAUAUUAUUCUUAAUUGUGUCGUUGUUUACAACUCAACAGAUUGUUUAUCCUCGUGCCACCCAAUGUACAUUAGGAUGUACACUCCGUUUUGAUUGAAUGUGGUAGACAUUAAAAACAAAGUAGCAUAUCGUUUGUCUCGUAAAAUAUUCGAACAAAUGAAAAUCCACUUAAUUAAAAACACGACUAGAUUCAAACUUCCUUGUCUAUAAUUUAGUAUGGUGGGCGGGACGAGGUUAUAAAGACUAUCUGGGCCAUCCUCGUCAUGUCAUGAGGAUGUCAAGGGAUUCAUGACGCUGUGGAGGGGAGCGAGGGUCUGCAAUUUUAGAAAUAUUUAAAUUUUCUGUAUUUUCUCUUUUUUUGCCUCCUUUUUACAACAGCCUAAAAUAGUUAUUAAGUGUUACUAACCAUAAUAUGGAAUCUAAUGUAUUCUGAAAUAAAUGUUUUUUUUU